AUGGAUGACGCAAAGAGGAGAGCUUUGAUCAAAUCCCAAGCCGUCAAGAAGAGGGAAUCCGGCGAGGAGGGUAACAAGACCGUCACCCCAGCGAAGCAGGGGAAGGGUAAAGGACUUAUGACGGCCCCAGACAGUAAGCAAGAGAGACCUCCUUCCCUUCUCCGUGAUGACUCCAAGUAUGCUUUGGAGAAGCUGUCGUCCAUCAUCACGGCAGAAGACUAUGAAGAUCUGGGAAACCAUUCGACGGAGGCCAUGGGGGAGACGGGCCUCUUUGCCGUCGCUCAGUCCUUGGUCAUGAUGAAGGGUCUACUGGACCGGUGUCUCAACCGUGAGAGUACCUUGGACCGGGUGCGUGCGAAGGCGGAGCAAACGGAGGAAGAGCUCGGACAACUUCAUAAAUGGAGGUCCAAGAUGGAGAAGAAGCUGGAGCUUUCUGAGAAGGCGAGGAAGGAGCUGGAGGAGAAGACGGCCUCUGCGCUGACGGCCAUAGAGAAAAAAGAGGCGGAGAUCAAAGAACUCAAGGAGGAGAUCCGUCAUGCGAAAGAGGUAGCCGUCGAGGACUACCGAUGCUCGGAGACCUAUCUCUACCUUGUAGGUUCCAAGUAUUUCAAGUGGAGGGUGGACCAUUUGGAGGAGGCGCUGGAAGAGGCAUCGGAAGAGGAAUUGGAAGAGGCGGAGGCAGUGGUGGAGCCGUAG